ACAAAACAACAAAAAAAAAAUCAUUAAACAUGAAUCAAUCGAUUCAGAAUACUUGGAUGAAUUGGAAAAUCAAAAGCCCCAAUAAAUUUCAGAUAGAAGUGACAGUGAAAUUGAUGAAACCGAAGACAAUAGAAGAUUGAGAUUGGCUAAAUAAAUAUUGUAACAAACCAAACAAGAAUUGAAAUCCAAAAACGAUGACUUUUUUCAAGAUCAUCAUGACAUUCACAUGAAUGAUGAAGACAAAAGAUUAAAUGUAGCCCUACUAGAGAAAUUUGCUGAAAAACACACCAUCUAUCAAUCAUAAAUCCAAAAAUUCGAUCGUCAAUUCAAUCGAGAAAUCUACAAAGGUCAUCUUCGAGCCAUCACUUGCACUUAAGUGGAUGAAUUCGCUUAACACAUGUAUUCCUGUUCCAAAGAUUCGAGCAUCAUCAAAUGGGACCUAGAAACCAAGAAGAAGGAAUUCAUCUAGAGAGAAGUAGGUAAACACGGAGAUGGCCAUUACGAUGAAGUCCUUUCCAUUUCCCUCAAUUUCGAUGGCAAAAUCUUGGCUAGUGCUGGCAAGGAUCACUCCAUCAAAUUGUGGGAUACUACAUCCAAUAAAUUGAUCGAAACACUCAAACAUCAUAAAGCUCCCAUUUAUGGCGUGAAAUUCGGAUACAACUCCAAUAAUCUAUGCAGUAUCUCUUGCGAUAGAACCUUCAUCCAAUGGGACGCAGCCUAACGAGCUUAUAUUGACACAUUUUUUGGACAUAGCACAGAAGCAAAUGACAUCGAUUGCUUUAAUGCUGAUGACUUCUUGAGUUGCGGCUAUGAUAGAUAAAUGAUUCAAUGGAAAACUAAGUCAGGUGGACAACUUCUAUACAGUGGACACGAAUAAUCCAUCGAUUGCAUCAGGGCUAUAACUCUGGACACCUUUGCUACUGGUUCAGUCGAUGCCAAUGUCAAUUUGUGGAAUGUCAAAAAAAGGAAGCCUCUAUUUGAACUCCACAAACCUCAUGGCGACAGAUGGAUAACUGCGCUGGGAACCGUUUACAAUAGUGACCUUCUGGUUUCGGGAUCCUAUGAUGACAAUCUGAACAUCUACAAGGUCACGAACAAGGACAUUACAAAAGUCAGGUCUUUGCAGAGUUUUGGAAUCGUUAAUCACAUCAAUGUGUUUGAUAAUAAGAUCCUCACUGUUGAGAGUCAGGAACAUCGUUUGGGGAGGUGGGUUACUUCAACGAAAAGCAAAAAUUUAAUUGUGUUGUAUUUAUGA